AUGGUAAUGAUGAUGCGCUACGUGUUGUGUAUCCUCGCUCUCCUGCUCUCCUGUGCGUGUGUGCACGUCCUCGCUGAAGAAGUGCCUGCCGCCGAUCUUUCCGACCAAGUCCCUGAUACGGAGAGUGAAAGAAUACAAUGUGAGACAGCAUCUACUGAAGAGGCAAAGAAGAAACCGUGCGAAGUAUCUCCCGCUCCUCCUUCAACUCCUGCUUCUCCUCGAGGUCCUGCUGGUGCUGCUGUUGAACCUUCAUUGCCAGAUCCUUCUGGAGAAAAUGGUGCAAAGGCGACAAAAGGCAGAGAACCCGUGACUGAACAGAGUACGCAUGCUCAGACACCGGCACAACCUGAAAGUACUCCAAUCAGUGAAACCGUUCAACGUGAAGGUGAACAGAACAAUUCAGGAGCAGAAGGACCACAGGGAAAUCAAACUGGAGCACAACCCAAUUCUUCUGCAGGACCCAGUACAGGUAAUACAGACACUCAAGAAAACAGCAGGAGCCAAGAACUGACAACUGACACAAAGGAUUCUCAACCAAACAAUGAUACAGUUGAUACCAAUAACUCAGAAACCAUAAACUCUGACACUGUCAACACACCCAAUAAUAAUGAGAAGUCAACCACUACCACCACAACAACAACAACUACACUUCCUCCUGAACUCACAAACAACAAGAAGGGUGAUGCAGACAGCAGCAGCAGUAUGAGCAGUUCUGUGUGGGUGCGUGUACCACUACUAAUUAUGGUUACUCUGGCCUGUAUUCUUGUGUGCUAA